AUGGAGAAUCCAAGUACAAUGAGCUCUGAAUCCCUCACUGCAACUCUCACCAACACAACCCAUGCUCUUGGUAGAGGCUUUGAUGUCUCUAAUGAUUUUCGCCUUCUCUACUGUAAAGGGUCUAGGCUUCUUCAUCAGGAACAUGCCAAGAAGGAUCUUAUUGUCUCUGAUGGCCUAGUUGUUCCAAAUGUGCAUGCUGACAUUGGUAUCAUCACUUGCACCGCAGAGAACAGUCACGUGAAGAAGCUCCCUGUCUGCACUUUCCAUCAGAUGGCAAAAUAUUUCAAUGAGAAAUCAGGCUUAACUGGAGAAAUUCCAAAUGGAAGCUUCAAUUCUAUGUUCAAUUUUAAUGGCUCCUACACAGUUGACGCAGCAGCUACAAAAUCCCUUGCCAUUGUUGGAUAUUUCAUUCCACUUUUCGAAGUUAGACUAACCAGCCUGAAUUUGGUCUUGAAUGAAGAAAUCAAGUGUUCUGUUCCUCACUCUUGGGAUCCAGCAUCCUUGGCAAGUUUUAUUGAGAACUACGGCACACACAUUGUCACAUCUGCAACAAUUGGUGGCAGAGAUGUCAUCUAUAUCAAGCAGCAUCAAACAUCUAGUUUGUGCGACCAAGACAUUGAGAAGUAUGUAAAUGACAUUGUAGAUGAUAGGUUUCUUGGUGUGAAAAACCUGCCUGUCCCUAACUCUUUAAAAUACAAGGAGAAGGAUGUUACUGUCAUUUUUAGAAGAAGAGGUGGUAAUGAUCUUGAGCAAGAUCAUGCCAAAUGGGCUGAGACUGUAAAAUUAGCACCAGAUAUCAUUAACAUGACAUUUACACCCAUUGUUUCUCUUCUUGAAGGAGUGGCUGGUGUAAAUCAUUUGACCCGUGCAAUUGAUCUAUAUCUAGAAUACAAACCCCCUAUGGAAGAUCUUCAGCAAUUCUUAGAUUUCCAAAUAUCUCGAGUUUGGGCACCGGAGCAGGGCAAUGUACAAAGGAAGGAGCCUGUCUGUCCAUCCCUCCAGUUCAGCUUGAUGGGACCAAAGCUUUAUAUUACUACAGAUCAGGUAACAGUUGGACGCAAACCAGUCACUGGGCUAAGGCUUGGACUAGAAGGCAUCAAACAGAACCGACUCGCAAUUCAUUUGCAGCAUCUAGUCUCCCUGCCAAGAAUCCUUGUACCACACUGGGAUGCAGACAUGGCCAUAGGUGCUCCCAAGUGGCAAGGUCCAGAGGAGCAAGACAGCCGUUGGUUCGAAAAGAUCAAAUGGAAGAAGUUCUCCCAUGUAAGCACUGCACCAGUUGAGUACACAGAAACAAGUAUUGGGGAGCUCUCUGGUGUUCACAUUGUGACUGGGGCUCAGCUUUGUGUUUGGGACUUCGGUGCCAAGAAUGUGUUGCACCUCAAGCUCCUCUACUCUAAGGUACCUGGAUGCACCAUAAGGAGGUCUGUUUGGGAUCAUAAGCAGGACGGUUCUUCAUCGUCGACGAUGAAGAAAAACUCUGAUGAUAGAAAGGAAGAGAAUUCACUCAAGACUGCAAAACUUGCAAAGAUUGUGGACAUGACAGAGAUGUGUAAAGGGCCUCAAGAUAUUCCUGGUCAUUGGUUAGUCACAGGGGCUAAGCUUGGAGUGGACAAGGGAAAAAUUGUACUCAGAAUUAAGUAUUCUUUGCUUAACUACUGA